AUGCUGUCCCUGAUCCGCGCCGCAAAGCCGCGCGCUCUCGCGACGGCCGCGCGCAGUGUGCACGUCGAGCGCCAGUUAGAGGAGUUGGGCUACACGCUGCCGGCGGUGGCCGAGCCCAAGGGCAAUUACCGCACAUCGGUGCGGUCCGGCAACACGAUCUACUUGGCUGGUCAUCUGCCACAGCCGGCCGGCGGGGACCUCAUCCUGGGCAAGAUUGGCCAGGACUUGACGCCGGAGCAGGGCUAUGACGCUGCGCACUACGUGGCGCUCAGCCUCAUGGCUACACUCAAGCAGGAAGUGGGUGAUUUGGACAAGAUCAAGCGCAUCGUGAAGCUCGUGGGGUUUGUCAAUUGCGUCGAUGGUUUCUCGCAGCAGCCUGCUGUCAUCAACGGUGCGUCCGACACUAUUGGCAAAGUAUUUGGCGACAAGGGCAUCCACGCCCGCUCGGCUGUGGGUACGAACGCCCUCCCGCUCAACGUGGCGGUGGAAAUCGAGGCCGUCGUCGAGGUUGACGAGUAA